AUGACUGGGCAAAAAUGCCCUAUGCGUUCGCAACACAGGGUCGCGUUCGCGAAGAAGGGGGAGCUGGGAAUUGGCCUAUGCGAACGCGAUAGGGGAUACGCGAACGCAUUGAAUGAAAGACUGGAACUACGCGAACGCGUGAAGGCCUUGCGAACGCGAAGAGGAAGUUGCUGGGCUCCUGAUUUUGGCUUACGCGUUCGCGAUGGUGGUGACGCGAACGCUAAGGAGAAAAACACUGAAGCUAUGCGAACGCGAGGGUACUCAAUUGCACUUAAUGGAGGAGUAUAUGGGAACAUUGAAGGGAAAAGGGGAUUGCGACAAGGAGACCCAAUUUCACCCUCAAUAUUUGUCAUCUGCGGGUUUGAUUUUCAUACAAAGUGUAGAGGGCUAAAACUGAACCAUUUGUGUUUUACUGAUGAUGUGUUGCUGUUCUGCAAAGGAGAAAUGACAUCAGUGUUGUUGAUGCUGAGGGGAUUGGCUGCAUUUUCAGAAGCUACAGGACUGAAAACUAAUGAAGCUAAAUCAAACAUAUAUAGUGCAAACAUGAAUGAGCAUGACCUGGCUGACUUAUGUGAAAUAAUUGGAUAUAAAAGAGGUGCCCUGCCUUUUAGAUAUCUGGGAGUGCCAAUUUCAGCAAAGAAGAUUUCAAGUGUGGACUGUGAAAUGCUGGUAGAUAAAAUAUGUGCUAGAAUCAAGAGCUGGGGAUCAAGGAACUUAUCCUAUGCUGAGAGAGUGAUGCUAAUAAACUCAGUGUUACUACAUAUCCAUAUAUACUGGUCCUCCGUUUUUCUUCUUCCAAAGAAGGUAAUAAAAAACAUUACUGCUAUCUGUAGGAAUUUUCUAUGGGAUGGGAAGGUUAAUACAAAUAGAGUGCCACUAGUCGCAUGCGAUCUUAUAUGCAGGCUUAAAAUAGAGGGGGGACUUGGGAUUAUUGACUGUGAAACUUGGAAUCAAGCUGCUAUAGCCAAAUAUGUAUGGAAUAUAGCUAAGAAAGUUGAUAACUUGUGGGUGCAAUGGGUAGAUCACAUAUACUUGAAGAAGAAGGAUUGGUGGCUAUACAAACCACCUCAGGAUUGUAAUUGGUACUGGAGGAAAAUAUGCUCAAUCAGAGAUCAAUUUGCUACAGGAUAUGUCCAACAAGACUGGUUGGCAAUUAAUGGGAAAUACACAAUAAAUAAUGGCUACAACUGGAAACAGGGGAGAAGAGAGAAAUGGGAGAGUAGUAGAUAG